GGAUCUCAAUCUUGGGGAGAGGGGGCGGUAACGUGGGGAUGUGGGAGUCUACAGGUAACCGUGUAAUAGAUGAGAGUUUCAGAAGCAGGUGAAUUGAGACUGCGAGGGAAUCGGAUGAUGUUAUGAGGUGGAAAUAAGUGAUUUUAAUGAUCAUAUGGACAUAUGACUGGUAUCUCAGUUUGGAGAAUGAAAUAUGACACUAAGGUUGUUUCAAUGUCAGACAGUUUCCAGUGACAGAUGAAGUUUGCAAUUGGGGAGUAGACUUCGUAAUGGGGCCUGUAAGGAAUGACUAUCAUCCUCCUCCUAUUUCAGUGACAGAGUUCAGUUUUACUCCAGUACUGGAUGUCAAACAGGUCAGGACAGUGCGAGUUGGAUGGUAACUUGGUGCUGGUUGUUUUCACACAGAGUUUUACAGGGUGUGAUAAGAGGAGGAUUUGCAGGCAGGAAACAGAAAUGAAACAUCACAUAAUGACCUGAUGGAGUCACCCAAUUUAUUACAACCAGAAUACCAACAGAUUUUAACCAUGGAAGAGGAAAGCACGAUUCAUAGUGGGGAGAACAGGUACACAUGUUCUGUGUGCAGAAAAGGCUUCAACCAAUCAACUGACCUCAAGAACCACAAAUGCAGUCACUCUGGGGAUAAACCUUGGAAAUGUGGGGACUGUGAGAAAGAAUUUAAACACCACUCUGCGCUGAAAAUUCACCAACGUGUUCACACUGGUGAAAGGCCAUUCACCUGCGCCCUGUGUGGGAAGGGAUUCACUCAGUUCUCCACACUGAUUACACACCAGCGGGUUCACACUGAGGAUAGACCUUUCAAGUGUCCAUAUUGUGGGAAGUGCUUUAAAAGCUCUGGUGAUCUGAUGUCCCAUCAACGUGUUCACACUGAGGAGAGACGGUUCAGAUGCUCUGACUGUGGUGCUGGCUUCAAGUGGUCAUCCCAGCUCACUGUUCACCAGCGCAUUCACACUGGGGAGAGACCAUUUACCUGCUCUGAAUGUGGAAUUGGAUUUACUCAAUCAUCUCACCUCAAGGCACACCAACAGGUUCACACUGAGGACAGACCUUUUAAAUGUUCAAACUGCAGGAAGUGCUAUAAAAGUUCCAGCCGUCUGCAGUCACAUCAACGUGUUCACACUGAGGAGAGACCCUUUAAAUGUUCAGACUGCGGUAAGUGCUUUAAAAGUUCCGGGGAACUGAUGCUUCAUCAACGUAUUCACACUGAGGAGAGACCGUUCCGGUGCUCUCACUGUGGGACUGGGUUUAGGAGAUCGUCACAACUCACUAUACAUCAGCGGCUUCACACUGGGGAGAGGCCAUUUAUCUGCUCGGAAUGUGGGCAGGGAUUCAUUCAGUUCUCCACCCUGUUGACACACCAGCGAGUUCACACUGGAGAGUGGCCAUUCACCUGCACUGAGUGUGGGAAAGGGUUCAUUGAGUCAUCCCACCUCAAGGCACACCAACGAGUUCACACUGAGGAGAGACCUUUCAAAUGUUCAGAUUGUGGGAAGUGUUACAAAAGCUCUGGAGAGCUUAAGUUACACCAACGUGUUCACACUGAUGAGAGACCGUUCAGCUGCUCUCACUGUGGGACUAGGUUCAGAUGGUCAUCUCAACUCAGUGUACAUCAGCGCACUCACACUGGAGAGAGACCAUUCACCUGCUCUGAGUGUGGGAAGGGAUUCACUCAGAAAAUCCACCUGUUGACACACCAGCGGGUUCACACUGGGGAGGCACCUUUUAAAUGUACAGACUGUGGGAAGGGCUUUAAAAGUUCUGGGGAUCUGAUGCGUCAUCAACGAGUGCAUUCUGAUGACAGGCCUUUUAAAUGCCCAGAGUGUGGGAAGUGCUUUAAAAGCUCUGGGGAACUAAUGUCCCAUCAACAUAUUCAUACCGAUGAGAGACCGUUCAGGUGUACUCACUGUGGCACUGGGUUCAGGCGAUCAACUCAACUCACUGUACAUCAGCGAGUUCACACUGGAGAGAGACCUUUCAUCUGCACUGAAUGUGGGAAAGGCUUCACUCAGAAAUCCCACCUCAUGGCACACCUGCAGCGACGUAUCCACAAGUAACUUCAGGAGGUGUGUUUGUCUGUUACUCACACCAAGGUCACAAGGAUGUUCACUGGUGACUUUUACAAUCCUAGCAUUUAGAUCAGAGUGGUGCUGGAAAAGCGCAGCAGGUCAGGCAGCAUCCGAGGAGCAGGAAAAUCUACGUUUUGGGCAAAAGCCCUUCAUCAGGAAAGUCCUCACUUUUGCCUAUUAGCUUUAUAUGAUAAUGGUAAGGGUAAAAGUAAAUAUAUGGACUUUCUGUUACACACAGUCAGCUGUUUAUAUUUAAUAUUGUACUUACUAUAACACUACCUUUUGAAUAUAAAUCAGAAAAAUAGGUGUGCAUGUAAUAUGAGUAAUACAGUAGUAAUGGGCGAUUUCGAUUUCCGUAUAGAUUGAUGCUGAUUAGCUUUACCCAAUGUAGUGGAGGAUGAAUUUCUGUGGUGUGGAUAAGAUUCAUUUAUGAAGCAGAAUUUUUAAUGACCAAAUAUGAAUCAGGCUGUUUUGUAUUUUGUAUUAUGUAAACAGAAUGUGUGAUUAACAGUAUUGCUGUUCAGAUGCGUUUGGGAAAUAGCCACCAUAACAUCGUCAAAUUUUUCAUCAAGUUUGAAAGAAGUAUAGCUAAAUUGCUGUUUAUGGUAAGAUCUUUGAAAAUUGUUAUAUAUGUA